GUACUUCCUUCGGACGCUUUAAUCGUCUUGGCGAUUUGCUUGCUUCUUUUGGUCCAGUCAAUGCUUGCAAUUCCAAAUCCCUUGUAUGGACUCCCUUCGAUCGAUAGUGACAUUUGUCAUAUCAUUCAAAGAUAUAGUGUGUUCCUCUGAUUAAGUUCUGACGUGUGCCUGGUGUGGCGCUCUUUCUAGGACUCAGCUCGCUCCAAUCGAAAGAUCUGACUGUCUCCAACAGUUGGGAACAGCUAGCUUGGUGUAGGAUAAGGAGGAGCAGAGCUGAGUGACAGACUUCUCACUACUACACGCCAUGCAAAUCUUUGGUCCCUGAGGAUAAUCUUCAUCAUGGGUGACACAAGUAGUGUCUGUCAGCUAUGCGCCGUAUCUUUCAGAAUUGGACGGAUCCGGACUUCAAACGAAUCAGAGGCUCACAGUUGGGACUACAGAGCGUCCAGACUCUUUGAGCAAGACCCCAGCCAAUCUCUAUGCUCUCUGGCGCCCGAAGAUUUGGGAUGUAGAAACAUAACGAUGGAUAGAGCAGAUGGAGUGUUGCAACAUAUUGCUGGUCCAGGGUGUGUGUUUGAAGCAGGUUACAGCGGAUGCAGAAUUGGAGUAGAAGAGAUGAAAGGCAUCAAUAGAGCGAGGUAUGUGGUAAAGAAACCCGAGAGAAAGGGCAAGGGUGAAGAAUCAUCAAAACAGCCGCAGGUGAAUGAUAAUGGGAUCUCACCAGCCGGACCUGCCCACGAAACCAAUGGUGGUGAUGAUGGAGAGUGGUUGAAGGACUAUGAGCAGAAAAGCGAAUGGUUUCUGUCCACAAGCACUGUGACACCACCGGAGAAAUGGCAGCAAUUGUCGAAGCGCGCAAAAUUCGGCAUCGAAGGACAAGAUAUAUGUGCUUGCAAUUUCCCUGACUAUCGAAAUUUCGCUAAAGGCCAAGGCUACUCACCAGACAUGGCUAUGUGGGUUGGCAUUCCAGUUCAUGACGCCUGCUGGAAGAUCUUCGAAAAAAUAUCUUUGAGGAAGAUUGGAAGGGUCGAUAUCGAUGGAUUCGUGGCCUUGUGGUGCCGUGAAGCGUGCAGUAAUUGCGGUUUCCAGAAUUUGAAGCAAGAUCCCGAGAUAGCAAAAUUGCAGAAGCUAUGGUGGGUGCACAAACCAGGAACCGAGUACUUGGUUGCGAAUCCGGUAAAUAUCCCAGGAUUUGGCAUCAUGAUGCGAGGGACUUAUAAAGAAGAAAUUCCGCUUGGUGAUGGAGCAUUCUGUGAUCGAAAUAUUCAUGAAGCGAUGUCCAGCAACUUUGUGGAAGAAAGGAACAGACCAGAAGACCCAUUCUACAACAUCCCGCCGGAGAUCAAGAAUGAUAUUCUUGCUCGCUUAUGCUCGAAGGACAUCGCUUCUCUCCGUCUCGCUUCACGAUGCUUCCGUCAGCUGCCGAAAGCUCUGUUUAGAAAUCUGAUCAAAAAGGAGAUGCCCUGGUUUUGGGAGAUCAACGAUGUUAAGAUAGAAGAGGAAGAAUAUCUAAGUGGUUCUUUCCAGGAAUCUUACGGUGCCGAUAUGCUCGAGGUCUCUGAUGACAUCGACGCCGAUGUGCUUGCCUACGUCCAAGCACGAAUGGAGAAGAAGACGCUGGACACUAAUUGGCUUCUUGUGUACGAGCAAUUGAAAAUGUUGGAGAAGGGAGUGCUGGGAGUGAGGAAUAGAGCAAGGAUCUGGAAAGUUGUUGAAGAAGUUGUGGACAGAAUAGGAGAUAUGGCUGGGAAGAACGGGUUCAAGGGAGCUGUAGCAGGAGUGGACUUUCCGAUUUGGCCAGGUGAAAAGCAGGUUCCUCUCCGAUGCGGAAACAGCUUUGAUCAAUGUGCCCGAUGUCUCGGAGUUUUGGAUUGAUGUUUAGAUUGCCGAAUAUCUGGCUUCAAAUAUGAUACCCAUAUUACCGCACGCUUUGCACGAUCUGAUGUCAAUUCGAGAUAUAUAGGUAUGCUCCAAUAUAGAAACAUAAAG